AUGAGUUCGGAGUACAAUCGCUCUUCACUACCUCUUCUAAUUUUCGAUGGAGAAAACUAUGAUUUUUGGUCCAUCAAAAUGAGGACCCGUUUUCGAUCACAAAAUCUAUGGAAAAUUAUUGAAGAAGGAAUCACUAUUCCGGAAGAUAUUACAUCUCUUUCGGAGGAUAAAAAGAAGGCACUCGGGGAUAAUCAACAAAAGGAUUCUCAUGCAUUAUACUGCUUGCAACAAGCUAUGGUGGACAAUCUUUUUCCACGAAUUAUGAGUGCAGCAACGACAAAAGAAGCAUGGGACACGCUGCAGGAGGAGUUCCAAGGAACAGUCAAGGUACAUGCAGUUAGACUACAAAAGCUUAGAAGAGAUUUUGAGAAUCUUAAAAUGAAAGAUAAUGAGACUGCAAAAGAUUACUAUUCUAGAAUUAAAGAAAUAGUAAAUCAAAUGGUAGCCUAUGGAGAAAUAAUUUCUGACAAGAAUAUAGUACAAAAGAUACUAAUUUCUUGUACAGAAAAAUAUGAUUCAAUAGUUUCUGUGAUAAAGGAAACUAAAGAUUUAGAAACUCUAUCACCAACUGAACUAAUGGGCUCUCUUGAAGCAUGUGAAAGUAGACGAGAAAGGCAUAAGGAAAGUGAAGCUGAAAAUGCCUUUCAGUCUAAAAUCAAUUCGCGUCUUGAUAGAUCCAAGACUAAAGUUAAAAUCGAUAAUGGUGACUUCAUGGAAGCAGUCAGCAGAGGCACCAUUGCCAUUGACACUAAAAAGGGCAAGAGAUACAUCAAUGAUGUACUCUUGGUAAAAAUGAAAGAAAACGGAUGCUUUCCUAUACAAUGGAGAUAUGCAAGUAGUGUGGCAAUGCAAGCACAAACAGAUGAAUCAUGGCUAUGGCAUAGAAGGUUCGGUCACUUUAACUUCUAUGGGCUAAAGAUCCUCAAGCAGAAGAAUAUGAUGAGAGACCUCCUAGCAAUUAAGGAGAUCAGCACAGUCUGCGAAGGAUGCAUGCUCGGGAAACAACAUCGACAACCUUUCCCAUCCGGCAAAACUUGGAGAGCCAAAAAGCCACUGGAGCUAGUCCAUACUAACGUCUGCGGGGAAACGCGCACUCCAUCAAAUGACCAAAAUAGGUACUUCAUUCUCUUCAUUGAUGACUUUACUAGAGUGACAUGGUUCUGUGAAGAUGAAGGCAUGGAGCACCAACUCACUGUUGGAUACGCACCAGAACAAAACAGCGUAUCUGAAAGGAAAAACAGGACUGUUAUGGAGGCAGCAAGAGCCAUGCUGCUAGAUAAAGGUCUCCCAAAACGAUUUUUGGUAGAAGCAGUAAGCACUGCAGUCUACUUGCUCAACCGAUAUCCAACCAAAGCCGUGAAGAAUAAGACACUGAUCGAAGCUUGGAGCGGACGUAAGCCAUCAGCAAAGCAUCUUAAAGUCUUCGGUUGCAUAUGCUAUAGUCAUAUUCCAAAAGAAAAAAAGAGGAAAGCUUGA